AUGGAGAGCGAGAGCAAUCUGAAGACGUGGGUCUCCGACAAGGUAAUGACCCUGCUCGGAUAUUCUCAACCCAUAAUUGUUCAGCACAUCAUCGCUGUUACAAAACAAGCAACCUCGCCGGCCAGCGUGGUCGAGAUGCUAGUCGAAUCUGGUUGGUCCUCCAACACCGAAACGGCGUCGUUCGCCCAAGAAAUCUUCGCCAAAGUUCCUCAUAAAGCAUCUGUUCUUGACCAAAACAUAAAAAAACCUAGGGUUUUCCGUCGUAAAAGGUAUGAUCUUGUGGACGAUGAUGAAGAAAAACAAGAACCAGAGCAAGAAGAGAGAAAGGUGAAAAUACGAACUUGCCCUGAAGAUGAGGAAGAGGAAGAUCAGAGAGCGAGGGAGCAACUGGAGAGGAAUUUAAAGGAGAAGGACAAAGCAGCCACAAGAAAACUGACAGAGCCAAACCCUAAUCGGAGAAGAUCGUCGAGGAAUGCUGAUCAUGACAUUGAACGCUUGCGAACACUUUCGAGGGAAGGGUAUAUGAAGAAAAGGAAGAGACAAAUAUUGGAUGAGAUUAGAGCCGAGAUAGAAGAUGAGAAGAAGUUAUUCAAACAUGAAAAGCUAACUCAAGCAGAGAAAACCAGAAACAAAUACAUGGAGGACAUAUGCAAUGUUGUGAAUAAGUAUGAAGCUGUGGAUGAUGAUGUCGAAGUCUACCGGAUUCCAGAAGCCUAUGAUGACAUGGAGAGUGGUGUUAAUCAGAAGAAGAGAUAUUCUGUGGCGUCGCAGCGAUACAAGGAUGGAGAAGUGAAGAAGGUUGGUGCACAUGCAGAGCAGGUAGCUUGGGAGGAUCACCAAAUUGGAAAGGCAAGGGUUAGUUUUGGUUCAAAGAAUAAAAGGAGAGAAGGUGAUGAGUAUGAGUUUGUGUUUGAAACAGAUAUGGUUGAGUUUGUCAAGGGGUCAAUGGGGUCAGGGAUUAAGGGAGAUGAUAAGUUUGGUGAUGAUGAUGAUAUGGAAAUAAAGAGUAAUCAGUUAUUUGAAUUGAGAGCAAAAACAGCCAUGGAGAAGCUCCAGGAGGAGAGGAGAGCAUUACCUAUGUACAAAAUGCGCCAAGAGUUUCUCAAAGAUGUCAAAGAACAUCAAAUUGUUAUUAUUGUUGGCCAAACCGGUUCAGGGAAAACUACACAGAUACCACAGUUUCUGCAUGAGGCAGGGUACACAAAGGGUGGGAAGAAGAUUGGGUGCACACAGCCGCGGCGCGUUGCAGCAAUGAGUGUUGCUGCCAGGGUUUCUCAAGAAAUGGGUGUCAAGCUUGGGCAUGAGGUAGGUUACUCUAUUCGUUUCGAGGAUUGCACCUCUGAGAAGACUGUUGUGAAGUACAUGACAGAUGGCAUGUUGUUGAGGGAGUUCCUUGUUGAGCCAGAUUUAGCAAGCUAUAGUGUGCUGAUGGUGGACGAGGCACACGAGAGAACUCUCUCGACUGAUAUUCUAUUCGGAUUGGUGAAGGACAUUGCCCGAUUUAGACCUGACCUGAAACUCCUUAUCUCUAGUGCUACUCUUGAUGCUGAGAAAUUCAGUGCUUAUUUUGAUUCAGCUCCAAUUUUUAUAGUCCCAGGAAAGCUUCAUGAUGUUGAUGUCUUCUACACAAAAGCACCAGAAGCUGAUUACUUGGAUGCAGCAAUUGUCAGUACACUUCAAAUCCACGUGACAGAACCCCCCGGAGAUAUAUUGGUGUUCCUUACUGGACAAGAAGAAAUUGAAACCAUGAACGAAAUAUUGAAGCACAGGACAAGGGGUCUAAGGACAAAAAUUGCUGAGCUGAUUAUCUGUCCCAUAUAUGCAAACUUGCCUAGUGAGCUGCAGGUCAAGAUUUUUGAGCCCACUCCUGAAGGGGCUAGGAAAGUUGUCCUUGCCACAAACAUUGCUGAAACUUCUCUGACUAUCGAUGGGAUCAAAUAUGUCAUUGACCCUGGAUAUUGCAAGAUGAAGUCCUACAAUCCGAGGAGUGGGAUGGAGUCAUUGCAAGUCACUCCCAUCUCAAAGGCGUCGGCAAUUCAGAGGGCGGGUAGGUCUGGUCGAACUGGCCCUGGUAAGUGCUACAGGUUAUAUACUGAGGACAAUUUUAAAAAUGAGUUAGAUGAUACCACAAUACCAGAAAUACAACGAACUAAUCUUGCUAAUGUUGUUCUUACUUUGAAGAGCCUUGGGAUCAAUGACUUGCUGCACUUUGAUUUUAUGGAUCCUCCACCUGCUGAAGCACUGAUAAAAGCCUUAGAACUGUUGUUUGCACUAGGGGCACUAAAUAGUGUUGGUGAGCUUACCAAGAUUGGUAGACAGAUGGCUGAGUUUCCUGUGGAUCCAAUGUUGUCAAAGGCGAUCGUUGCUUCAGACAAAUACAAGUGCUCAGAGGAGGUACUUUCUAUUGCUGCCAUGCUCUCUACUGGUAAUUCCAUCUUCUAUCGUCCGAAGGACAAACAAGUCUAUGCUGACAAUGCAAAGCAAAAUUUUCACAUUGGCAAUGUGGGAGAUCAUAUUGCAUUGCUAAAUGUUUACAAUACAUGGAAAGAGACAAAUUAUUCGACACAAUGGUGUUACGAAAAUUAUAUACAAGUUAGGAGCAUGAAAAGAGCAAGAGAUAUCCGUGAUCAGCUUGAGCGGCUCUUGGAGAGAGUUGAGAUUGAGCUCACCUCGAACCCUGUAGAUUUAGAGGCUAUAAAGAAGACAAUCACUUCUGGUUACUUCCCUCAUUCUGCUAGAUUGGAAAAGAAUGGAGCUUAUAGAACAGUGAAAAAUCCACAGACUGUCCAUAUACACCCCAGUUCAGGGCUGGCACAAGUGCUUCCGAGAUGGGUUUUGUAUCAUGAGUUGGUCCUCACCACUAAGGAAUAUAUCAGACAGGUUUCAGAACUAAAACCAGAGUGGUUGGUGGAAAUAGCUCCGCAUUAUUACCAGCUAAAGGAUGUGGAAGAUUCGGUUUCAAAGAAGAUGCCUCGGGGAGAAGGGCGUGCGCCAUAGAUUGUUCCCCUAAGUUGCAAUCCCUUCUGUAUUUCUGUUUUGUACUAGAGAAUGACUGUGUGGUCUUAACUAUCUUUGUUUUGGUUAUAUUAGAAGUUUCUGAAAUAUAAUAUCUGACUUCUUUUUUCUCAUAACUGAAGACAAAGGCCAGAUGGAACAUGAAGCAGUUUGAUUGCAUAUGCGCAGUACAGAGUCAGAAAGAGCGAUUCAGUUGUGGCAUUCACAUUGAGAUUGUUUUGCUCAGGGAUCUGCAUCAAUGAUGAAUUUAAUGGCUAUUUUUCACAGAAAAUAUACGCUUGGCAUAAUGUUGAUGGUCUCUUUUAAAGUGAGAUACUUUACUAGUUUAAAGUUCCAGCAGAUUUGCUAGCCGUUUGUAGCAUCAUAAGUUGCCAGGUAUGUGGGUAAGGAGAUCCAAUCUGAAGGGAAGGAUUAUGCCGAGAUUUACAGUUGACUAGUGCUGUUCGACCUGCAAUCUUCAUUUAGAGUUCUCCUCUGGGAAAGAUUGAUCCAGGCAUGAAUUUUACAGUUGUAACUCGUCAACUGUAAUCAGGCAUCAACAGAUUGAUACAGAUUCGUAAAUAGACUCCAGUUUACCAUCCCCUUUAUCACUAUUGCAGCUCAGACAAAAUCGCUUUCGUUUUGGUCAAGCUCAGGUGCCAAUGGGGGAUGGAUUCCCCAAAUGAAGAAAGGUUUUGUUUCUGGCAUUUUCAUAGGUUUCAAAGAGUGCUGAAAGUGGAG